AGCGUGUGUUUGUUUGAGUCUGUUCUACAUCAUGUCCAGCUGAUCGCGCUCGUGUGUCUGACAGAAGCUGCUCUGCCUCGGGGAAACAUGCCCACUUUGUCCUUGCCGCUUUCCAACCUGCUCCGCAAUAAGGAGGGUUUUAGGAGACUCGUGGCGCAUGUUAAGUCUUUGCACACCGGCAGCAGGUCAUGGUUGUUCAGCGGCAGCACCCCGUGUUUCACCCGUUCUCGGGGAGGCAGAUUUGGGCUCUUGUCCAGAAGGAAAGGUCCUGUGGCUCCGCUGACAGCCGGGAACAUGUGCACCUGCUCCGGCGACGACAAAUCCAGCUGGCUCUGGUCUGUUUACAAUGAAACCAAGCAGAAAACGCAAGAUUUAAUUCCUGUGAUAUCAAACAACUUUGUGAACCCAGACACCAUCUUCGCUAACAAUCAGAUGAGUCUACAGGACAUUGAGAUCUAUGGCUUCGACUACGACUACACGCUUGCUUUCUACUCCAGUCACCUUCACACACUCAUAUUCAACAUCGCCCGAGACAUUCUCAUCGAAGAGCACAGGUAUCCAGAGGGACUGAGGGAAUAUGAUUACAUCCCUAAUUUUGUAAUUCGUGGUUUGCACUAUGAUGUUCAAAAGGCCUUACUGAUGAAGAUUGAUGCCUUUCAUUAUAUUCAGCUGGGUACAGUGUACAGGGGUCUUAAUCCUGUACCAGAAAAAGAGGUGAUUGCCAUGUAUGAGGGCUCCCAUGUUCCCCUCGAGAUCAUGAGUGACUUCUACGGCAAGAGCUCUCACGGUCACACCAUGAAGCAGUUCAUGGAUAUCUUCUCUUUGCCGGAAAUGUCGCUGCUAUCAUGUGUUAAUGACUACUUCAUGAAGCACAACAUCGACUAUGAACCCGUUCAUCUUUAUAAAGACGUCAAGGAGGUCAUAGGAAACGUACAUGUCAGAGGGAUUAUGUAUCGAGCAGUCGAGGCUGAUAUCGAGAAGUACAUCCGUUACGGUGAACAAACACAUGCUGUGUUACGGAAGCUGUCUAAAAAUGGAAAGAAGAUGUUUCUGAUCACCAACAGCCCUUUUGAUUUUGUAGACCGAGGCAUGAACUAUAUUGUUGGGAAAGACUGGCGGGACCUGUUCGACGUUGUCAUAGUGCAGGCCGACAAGCCAAGCUUUUUCAAUGACAGGAGGAAGCCAUUCAGACGAGUUACAGAUAAAGGCGUGCUGUUAUGGGACAGAAUUCAUCACCUUGAGAAAGGGCAGAUCUAUAAACAGGGAAACCUGUAUGAGUUUUUGCGGCUUACUGGCUGGAGGGGCUCAAAGGUUUUGUACUUUGGAGAUCACAUUUACAGUGACCUUGCUGAUCUGACCCUGAAACAUGGUUGGAGAACGGGAGCGAUUAUUCCUGAGCUGCGUGAGGAGAUCAAGAUCAUGAAUACCGAGGAGUACGUCCACACCAUGACCUGGCUGCAGGCGCUGACCGGCCUGCUUGAGCAGAUGCAGGUGCAUCGAGACUCAGCAUCUCAAACGGUGCUUCAGCAGUGGAUUGAUGAAAGAGAGGAUAUGAGGUUAAGGACCAAAGACAUCUUCAACGCCCAGUUUGGGAGUCUUUUCCGUACGUACCACAACCCGACCUAUUUUUCGCGCCGUCUUUCCCGCUUUGCCGACAUCUACAUGGCAUCUCUGAGCUGUUUGCUGAACUACGACCUCCAGCACACCUUCUACCCCAGACGAACCCCCCUGCAGCACGAGUCCCCCAUCUGGCCCGAGCAGACCAGCACCACAGGCUCCAAAAUCCCUCUCCACAGCCACAGGACAUCCAGCGUCUGAGCAGGCAGCCUUUAGAAAGUACGUACCCCAAAACAGCUGCUGUUACAGGUUACAAUACUUCAACUCGCAAAACUUCAUUCAUAUUUACAACGGUAAUGAAGACUCUUAAUAAACUCUCAGGGUUUCUGUCCCUACAUUCAAAAUCUGUUCACCAGAAAUUGCAGAAUUGCAUUAUAAUAUUUUUUUUUAGUCCAAAAAAAUCAGUUUUCCUGGAUGAACAGGAUUUAUUAAAUAUGGGUUUAAGAAAAACGUUAAUAAUUUAGUUUAUUAAGCAAAGGUCCGAUAACAACAUAAUUGGGAACUGACAAUUGAUCAGAAUAACAAAUGUUUUCACAUCUGCUUGAGACUGAAAAUCAGGGUUUUUUUCACUAAAUGUUCUCGUCUGAAGUUAAAACAUUUGUAUUGUUUGUCUAAAAGGGAAUAUAAACAUCUGAAAAUGAUGUUAUACAAAAAGGCUCUAUUCCAAGUUUAAAAUAAAACUGUAAUUUAAAGUUUACAGAACAAAAUGAUAACUGUGAAUCAUAAAUCUAGAGAAACUGACAAUUCUUGGUCCAAAGUGGUCAAGUAUAUAUACUUUAAAUAAACCUUUGCUUUUUUUGUUUAAGUGAUUUUGUUUUUCUCUGCACUUGUAAAUGCUUUGCAAUUUGUGGUUGUUUCACACUAUUCUACAAGGUGGGUGAAAAGAAAUUUAAUGGCUAUAUAGAACUUGUAUAACAAUGGAGUACAGUUGCCAAGAGAUUGGCAUGCAAAUGGAAUAACACUUAAAUUGAAAAAACAUCUACAACAUUCAUUCAUUCAUUUUCCUUCAGCUCAGUCCCUUAUUUAUCAGAGAUCGCCACAGCGGAGUGAACCGCCAACUAUUCCGGCAUAUAUUUUAUGCAGCGGAUGCCCUUUCAGCCGUAACCCAGUACUGGGAAACACCCAUACACACUCACAUUCAAACACACACACUCACACUUUGGUCAAUUUAGUUUAUUCAGUUCACCUGUAGCGCAUGUCUUAGUUUUGCCUGUGGGGGAAACCGGAGCACCCUGAGGAAACCCACGUGAACACAGGGAGAACAUGCAAACUCCACACAGAAAUGCCAACUGACCCAGCGACCUUCUUGCCGUGAGGUGACUGUGCUAACCGCCGAGCCACCAUGCUGCCCAUCUACAACAUGUUUAAAGGGAUAGUUCACACAAAAAUUAAAUUUCUGUCAUAAAUUACUCACCCUUCAUUUGUUUCAAAUCUUUCUGCGUUUCUUUCUUCUGUUAAUCACGAAAGAAGAUAUGUUGAAUAAAGCUGAAAACCUCUAACCAUUAACUUCCAUAGUAGAAAAAACAAAUACUAUGGAAGUCAAUGGUUUCAGGUUUUCAGCUUUCUUCAAAAUAUCUUAUUUUGUCUUCAACAGAUAAAGAAAUGCUUAAAUGUGUAGAACCACUUGAGGAUGAGGAAAUAGUAAGUAAAUUUACAUGUCACAACUAUCCCUUUAACGUUAAUUGUGCAAUUCAUCAGGUCAUCGGGGUUAAAAAUAUAUAAACAAGGAUCCGUACGACCAGACUGUUAAAAUCAACAAAAAACUCUCUCAGAUCUUCAAACACCAGGAACAACAAGAAGCAGAGUUCAUCAUGUUUAUUUGUUAGUGUUUUUCUAUUUGCAUGUGUUUUUUAAAACUUGCAGAGCAUUUUAGCUCUCCAUUUUAGUCAUGGAGUCUCUAAAUAGACAAAUUUCUUGUGUUGAUAGUACACGCAUCGGUCAUGACAUCAAUAUUAGAAAUGCAGACGUUAUUACCAGCUUUUUAAUACUUUACACCCACCCUGUAGUGUAUUUGCAAGUUGGAACAUAAAUUAUGUUUCAUUAUAACAUCUGAUCAGUUUUUGACAUCUCGGACCAUUAUUAGACCAAGAAAGUCAGCAGUCAAACCACUUUCUUUUCCUUAUAAUCAAAGUUUAUAUGUUUAUAAAAGUGUAAAUUAUAUCCAAUCUAAUGCAGUCAGAAGAGCUGUGGUGAAAAAUCAUUGGAGAAAUUUGAUGAGAUUUUCAAAAUCGUCAUUCUCUCUUGAAUUGAUUCUGAGCUUUGAACAGUAGAUGGCGCUCUUGGUUAGUUUUAACUGCAAUAACUGCUCUUGUGCAUUUGGCUGAAUCUUGUUUGGCUUUUAUGUUGCGAUAUUAAUGUACAGCUCACUAUGAACACGCAUGUAAUUCGCUUAGACUUUUUCCAACUUUAUUAAUAUUUAUUUUAGGUUCAAGUGGUAUUUGUAAAAAAGGGGACGCUAGCAGAGUACAUCUGUUUGUAAAGUGUACAGCGCCAUCUGCUGUUAGAAAUUGAGAAUCAAUUUAAGAGAGAAUAUUGACGUAUUUUGAAAAUCUCAGAACUGAUCCU